AUGGCAGAAAAGGCGACCAGACCUAGGAGCGGACUUCAACCCGGAGUGGCACAGCGGCACGAGCGUCGGCACGCCGGAUCCAAGGACGCCCACAGAGCGGCCCAGCAGCGCCCAACGAGCGGCGUCAGUGCACCACCAGCGGCACCCACGUGUUCAUCAGGAGCGCCCAACGAUCAGCGCCGCCGCUCACCAGCCGCGCUCACCGAGCGCCAUCAGGAGCGCCAACCAGCCGCGCCCACAGAGCGCAAAACCGUGCCAUCAACAGUACCAACGGCACCCACAGCAGUGUCAACCGAGCGCCAUCAGGAGCGCCAACCUCAGCAGCGCCCACCGAGCGGCUUCCGCGCCCUCAGUAGCGUUCAGCGCCCAUCAGCAGAGCCCAUCGAGCGGCCAGCGCCCAGCCGCGCCCUCAGCAGCGCCAACCGCGCCGGAUACGUGGUCACUAGCCACGCUACGAACGCCACCAGGAGCGCGCAACGAGCGGCCACCGCGCCCUUAGCAACGUCCACCGCGCCGCCAGCAGCGCCGUCCACGGGGCAACGGGAGCGCCAGCCGCAACCACAUCGGUCAGCCACUGCCGCACGUCAGCAGUACCUGCCUGGUAGCGCCCAGCGCCCAGCGCCCAGUCACGCCACUAGGAGCGCUCACCGAGUGAUCCCCAGCAGAGCCAUCGGCAGCGCCACCGCGCGUAUGCCCAGUGACUCGGGAAAGAAAACGUCAGAGGACGCAGAAUCAAAGGCAGAACCGGCAGCUGCCGGACUGGAAGAGGACUGGUUUUUCACCGCAACCGGGGAUCGGAACUACAGCAACAGGAUGGAGCCCUUCUACCCAAACUUAGUCGCAGGGGUCUACCAACCGGUCGACCACCAUGACUCGGACAUGGAUACCAACGACGGCGCACCCCCCAGCCGGGACUCGGCCCUGUCAGACCGGAGCCCCACACCACCCAGCUUCAGCCCAAUCCUCAGCCUCCAGUCACGCGAAGCUCGUAACGGCGACUCCAUCUCCACCGUGCCGUGGUCGCCGGACGCAAGCAUCGCAGUAAGUGGGACACAGACAAUAGAGAUCAGACUGAGUGCGAGUAGGGGACUAGGAAAAUAA